UUGUAACCUUAUAUAAGUUAUAUACAAUAUUUGCAGCAACGAUUCAACUUGAAACUUGGAGCGUGGAGUGUUAAGUAUUCUGAAAUCGAUACACACACAUACGCACACACAUAUAUAUAUAUACACAUGCGUAUACAUUGCACAUAGAGAAGAAGAAAAAAAUGAAGUUUAAAUAAUGGAUUUAUAACCUCCAUCGAUACCAAUAUGUUGACAAUAUGACAUAUAAACCUAAAGUCCAUAUUAUAAAUACAUGUGUAUCAAAUAUCAAUAUAUGUGUAUUAGUGUGUCAAGUGAGCCUAUCAGUGCUUUUUUAUUUCGUAAGGAUGAAUACGAAUUAGAUGCAACCACGAAGUGGACUUUGCAUAUAAUAUGUAUAAACAUUGUACUCAUUGCUGCGCUUGGGGUUUCGCACGUCUCCUAGUUACCUUAAAAUUUCGUUUUUUCGAUAACACGUGAGCCUGCCGAGCUGUUCGUCGUAUAUGAUACAACGAUUAUCACUCAAUCCAUUCGAUAGCCUUAAAUCAGUCGGUUGUACAUUACAAGUUGUAUAGCAAUGGACAAUAACAUAAAUGGAGAAGUCGAAGACAAUGGAAGCGAUCUUCUUGCCGAAGAGUUGGCCAAACUCCAACGACAGUACAUGCUCAUGGAGAGCAACAAAAAAGCGUAUACCGAAGAAAUGGGCAGUCAUUUGACCAAACAGAAAAAAAUUAUUAACAGUUUGGAACAAGAAAAGGUAAAUCUGGUAGAACACAUGAAUAUGGCUAAAAACAAACGAAAAGAAACCAAUGACUUGCGUUUAAAAGAAUGUUUGAUCGAAAAAUGGAACGAAUACCUGUGCGUUAACGAUGAGCUAACAGACCAAAAAAAGUGCCACGACGAUAUCGAAAAGGAAAUAUUAAAAAUACAAAACGAACUCGACCUAAUAUUUAGACAGAGAGAACCCUCGGCAGGCAAAUCGAAAAACAAAGUCGAGUGCGAUCUACAAAGACACGAAGAACUUCUAGAGAACAAAUUGCACGUGAAAACCGUCAAGUUCAAUAAGGUUUUGACGGAAAACGCCCGUUUGAGAAACGAAAUCGACAAUUUGUUGGUGCAACGGUCGCAGUUCAAUGAAGCUUACAAGGCUCUGACUGCGCGUUUGGACGACAGCAAACAGAUUAUGAUGGACCUAAUAGAACAGGCGACGACGGCGUACGAACAGAGGGAAGACGCUCAAAACCGGUUGAUCAACAUGAGUGACGAAGACAAACAACAGAUCGCUCUGCACAAAGCCGAAGUCAAGGAGUUGCAGAGGCAAUACGACCGUGAUCUAAAACUCCAAGAUUUCUUAUCCAUCAAAGGACAACAUCGAGUGCUCAUGGAUUUCGAACGUAAAGAAGAAGAAAAGAAACAAAACGAAUUGGGCAACCGAAAGGAACAAGCAGAGAAAUGGAUAGACUUGAUGGGAUGGCUGCAGAUGUAUGUGGGUGAGAGCAACAUCGAUAGGAUUGUGGAUCUGUUCGUCCGGCAGGAAGAGGAGAACUUCGCGCUAUUUACGUACAUCAACGAGUUAAACAGCGAGGUGGAUGACUUGCAGAAAGAAGUUGUAGUGCUAAAAGAUCGAGUACAAGAGCAGCGGGCCAUUAACGAGUCAAGAGCGUCAAAACAAGAGGAAAACAUGAACGGACUAAGGGCACACCUACAGCAGCUCACCGACGACGCGGACCAAGAAGACGAUCGAAUAAAAACCGUACACACCGAGUUGACCGAGCUCUUGGAGUCCGUCGAGAAACUGUUUCUGUCCGUCCACUGUGAUCUUUCUCCGAUGUACAAGAUACUUGGUAAGACUCGUAUUACUCGCUUUACAGACACGCAUAUGUAUAAUCACAUUUUUUUCGAUUUAAAAUUUUUAAGCUCGUAUAGCUUGAUGGUUUACUGUCACCCUUGCCAUCGUGACAUACGAACUCAAUAUUAAUAAUUUAAGUCGAAAAACGUCCGAAUGUUACUCACACGUAGGUACCUAACGUGUACGCGUGGCUGUGAAAUGAACCUAGAAUUUAAGAAGUUGACAGCAAUUGGGCAAUAACAUACAAUACACAUGGGCACGUUUGAUGUCGAGCGAGUGUUUCGAGUAGUGUCUCAUAUAAUUAGUUUCGGCUGUAUACUGAAUCUAUAUAAUACAGAGAGAGUGAUUUUCAUUAAUGAUUGCAGGUAUUGUCACCCUUGAAAACCUUUAUUUUAUAUGUCUGUAAAUAUGGCCAUAGAUGAAACUACGGAUCUGGUCAUUACUGGCUACUGCAGUUUACAGUGGCUUACACCCAUCGGCGAAGCCCCUUCGUCAAACUUUUUUUUACACCUUACAAGAUUUUUAAGCCAUAUUUUAUUGACACAUUGUCAUCUAACUAAGGCUUGACGUCUCGGGAAGGCUGAGUGGGUGUAGCUGUUGUCAUCCAUCUAUCUAUAUGUUAAUAUGUUGGAUUUUUGACGAUAUUUCAACUCUUCUUUGGUAUAAAUCAGUGAUGCCCAACCUUUUUUCCUCGGCGGGCCACUUUGGUAAACAUUUGUAAUCGAGCGGGCCACCAAAUAUAAAAGUACUCAUAAUCUCAAUCUUAAACAAUUUAGUUAGGUACACAUAGUAGGUUGCAAUAUAAAAACAUUUUUAUAUACUUUUUAUUUUUAUUUUUGUAUUUUUUAUUUAUAAAUUAAUUCAAAUCGUAUUUUGUAAUAAUUUUACUUUUUUUGGAAUAUUUUGUUUUAUUUUAAUAAUUUGUAACGGGCCACAUGGAAUACCUUGGCGGGCCACAUGUGGCCCGUGGGCCGCGGGUUGGGCAUGACUGGUAUAAAUAUAUAUAAUGAUCAUUUUUAGUAAUAAUAUUUUACAUACACAUCACUUGAGUAAAAUCUGACAUAUCGUAAAUAAUCCAACGUACUAUCAUGUAUAUUAUUACAGCAUAAUAUAACAUGUAAAUAUGUAAUGUUUUCAUCAUUGAGUUUAAAAAUUGUAAUAUUAACGCUAACAACAAAAUAUUGGUUCUAAUGAACUCUAAUUUCUUAUGUUCCGCGUAUUUCAGAGACCGAGGACAUAUAAUAUAGUGCUAUGGUUGCAGCUGAUUAGGUUUUAGUGAUGUUGGGAAAAAAAUCUUAUCAAUUUAAUAAAAUUAUGCAUAUUGUAUACAUACUUAAAUCAUGUUGUCGACAUUAUGGUGUUAUAGUAUCAAUGAUUUUAUUUGAUACGAACAUGUUGGUGGAGGUGGCUAAGCCUAUAGGUCUAGGUGGGUAUACGACACUAUACGUAUUACAUUAAUGCAAUAAUACUUCUGAUCUAUUAUAUGAAUACAGGCAUGAAAUUAUUCUUGGAAUUUAUUGAUCUCAAAACAGGGAAACCAAUAACAAAGUAUUAUUUUUGUUGAAGGACAAUAUUUUGAUAAAUUCUGGCCUGGCCUAUAGGUAACAUUUCUAUAUUAUAUGCCUAUGUUAUAACUUUAUGAGUAUUGAGUAUGGCUAUAGAUCGUCAGUGCAGCACCAGCCUCAUUAAAAGAUCAAAAAUCCACUCUAGUUAGGUUAGAUAAGAAUAUAAAAACAUAUACAAGGUAUUGUUAACUUUUUACCGACUCUUGAACAAUUAUUCCCAAAUAUAUGACGAUUUAAAUAUAUAAUUAUAUUACUAUAAAUUCAAUUUUUAGAUAAUGUAUACAUAUAUAUAUAUGUAUAAUGUACACCGUAUAUACGACU